CCAUUUCCUGGUACAGCCGGCGGAGGCUCGACUUCAUCCAAACACCACUGACUGAGCGUCCCUGUCGGCUGUUUUCUUCCUCUCUCCGGUGACUCUAAACGACCAGGCGAUGAUGUCCCGACAUGCUGCAUUUGUUUUACUCCUCGCCUUUGGAGCAGUUUUCCAGCUGUCUUCUGGCAUUGAGGUGAAUUUCACAAAGGAUGACAAGUUAUGCCUCUAUGCCAAUCUAAUGCUCAACUUCUCAGUCUCCUAUGAAGUAGCUGGCAAUAAGAGUCAAAUGGCUGUGUUUGAACUUCCUGCUAACGCCGCAAGUGAUGAAAGUGUAUGUGACACCACAAGCUCACUGCUGAAGCUUGACUUUGAAGGCAACUCCUGGAGCGUGAACUUUACCAUGAAUGAAAAAAGUUACCAGGCAUCCCUCAUCACCUUUUCUUACAAUCUCAGCGACUCAAAGCUUUUCCCUGAUUCUGUGUCAAAUGAUACUAAAACUGUGACUGUGAAGCCUCAAAUGACAAACAUAGACGUGGACACCUGCUACUCCUGCCUCAGUAAAGACAUGAUCGAAGCUGAUCUGGUCAAUAUGACACUGUGGAACGUGCUCAUACAGGCUUUUGUCACUGGUGGCAGCAAGAGCGAGAACUUAACCCAUUGUGCAGCUGAUAUUCCCGCAACUACUGUUGCCCCCACUACACAUACAACCUCUACAACUACUGCAGCACCCGUCACAAACACCUCCACUGCCCCACCUCCUACCACCACCACCCCGACACCCACCCUGCCCCCACCCACCACCGGAAAGUACAGCUUCAAGCCUGAUGAGAACAGCACAGCCUGCCUGUUGGCCUACUUUGGCCUGCGAAUUGGAGUCAAGCAAGGAGACAAACACGAGGAGAUGAACUUUGAGCCCAAUGGGACCCAUGUCUCUGGAUCAUGUGGAGUCAACAGCAGUGAGCUUACGUUGGUGUCUAACUCAGUCACCAUCGUGUUCACUUUCACCAACGACACAAAGAAAUUCCACCUACACGCUCUGAAUGUCACCGGAAAGACGAGCUCUGGCUUGCCGUUUUCUGAGGUUAACACCAACAUGAGUCAGUGGGAGGCAACACUCGGCAGCUCCUACAUGUGCAACAAGGAGCAGAACUUCACCGUCGCCAGCCUGGUCACCUUCUACACCUUCAAUGUACAAGUGCAGCCUUUUGGAGUCAAGAAGGGUCUUUUCAGUACAGCAAAAGAAUGUUCAUUGGAUGACACCAGCAUCUUAAUCCCAAUCAUUGUUGGCGCUGCUCUGGCUGGCUUGAUUCUCAUUGUAGUGAUCGCUUACGUGAUUGGUCGAAGAAAGACAUAUGUCGGAUAUCAGACCCUUUAAAUCCAGUUUGCAGUCGACCCUCAAACAUCAUGGGGUUCCCGAGCCUGGUCCUUGGGCUUCAUGUGCAGAUGCUUUAUUGGCAAAUUGCUAAAGAAUCCAAGAGUUAACGUCUAAAAUAAAGCCUCUGAUGGAAAUACAUGAGAUGUAAUUUUAUAAAAUGACAGCUUUCAGAAAAUUAGAUUUUACUGUCUUUUGACAUUGAAGUUAUUGAUCAUUAUGAGACAUGAAUUGUCUUGGAGGUCUUUAAUGAUAUUUAAUAAGAAGAGUAAAAUCCUUGUUAAGAUGGAGGGUCUGGUGUUUCUUCUCAAGGACCAAACUUGUCUACCCCCUGUGUUUGUGGUUUUUUUGUUUGUUUGUUUUUUGUUGGAUGUCCUGUCUUUCCCUUUUUGUGCUUUUUUGUUAAUGGGCAAGUGCAUGAUCCACAUCUUUAAAACGUAUGUAACUGCAGUCACAUGAAAGGUGACGUCAUGUACAGCACAACUGAAAUCUACAAAAGCCCCUAAACGUAAAUUUUUGACACAUUUUUUUGCACAAUGUGUUAGGAUUUCAUGUGUUGUUGCUGUGGGAUCCUGCACUUGCUCAGCAGACAUUCCCUUAUUGUUUGCUUUUGUUGUAACUUAAUCUUUGAGCACAUUUAUGGUUUGACUUUAAUUCCCCAUAAUUAUUAAGACACAUGAAUGAUCAUUUUCACAGCACAAAAUCGAAGCAAGAUGGUCAAGAAGCUUUCUUUUUUUUUUUGUCCCUAGAAACUCAUUGACAUGGAUGAGUGUCUCCUCCAUUUAGAAAAGUGUCAAAAGAAACACUCUUUAGCCCAUGUUUGCCCCUGUAGAGCAGGAGAAACAUUGGAAUUUAGUCCUGGUUCUGUGGCUCCAAUCAGAUUAAAUAUGUGAAAUCAGAUAUGUGUUGUUUAACAAACCUCCUUCGAUAAAGACUUUCUAACCUGUUGAGCGGUUAACGCCCACAUGUAAGAAAUGACCCAAACAGUGGCUCAUUUACAGUGAACUGACAAAUCUGCACAAGAUGAAGUCACUGUUGGCGUUGUUAACUACAUCUGUGUGUUUCAUGCUUUUUCAUUUGCACAGUCAGAAUAAAUCUGAAAAGAACUUUCAGCUGGUUUUUCUCACAGAAUACAUUUUGGCAUUAGGUUUAGAAAAGGGAUAGUACUAUUGUGUAGAUGUUCACAUUCAGCACAUUCUGAAAUGAGGAUAUUUACAUUUAAAUGCACUAAGACACUAUGUUUUGCUUAUGCUUAGACUGUUGUCGCAUUAAAUUACCUGUGUAAAGGUCUGGGCUUGGCCUGAGCUGCAGCUGGGGGGCUUUAACGUCCCCUGAAAACUUGGUUUUCCUCAGAUGUCUAAACAAGAAACUCAAGUUUAGAAGAAAAUAUCCCAGAUAGUUUAAAACCAGAGUAGUUUGACAUAUUGGGAAAGGUUUUGCUUUUAUGAGGAGAGUUGAGGAGAAAAUUGUUACGACUGUUUCUGUGGAGUCUUGUAAAUGUAAAGCUACAGCCAGGAGCUGGUUAGCUUAGCUCAGCACAAAGACUGAAAAACAAGGGCACACAGCUCGCCUGACUCUUUUCAAAGACAACUACUCAGUCUACCUUUGCCACUAAGCUCACUAAUGCCCAUGUUAAUGUUUAAUCCACACAUUCAACAAGAAAGUAAAAGUAUGUGCGGCUCCCAGUUUGUCAAACUGUUCCUGUAAAAUCUCUGCUGAAUCCGCCUCUUCAGGACCACGUGAUUUAAUCAGUUUUCUACAACUGUCAGCAGAUUGGGGUUUGCUGAUGAUUGGCACACUUAAAUAUGUGAAAUUAUCUGAAAUAAACAAAACUGUUGGCAGACAUAUUAGUUUUCAUGUAGUACCUCCGUAAAAAGAAGCUAAAAGUAAGUUGAGUCAGAGCAGGCUGCAGCGAGGCGGUCAGGGAAGGCAAGCCACAGAACGUGUACUUUUGUAACGAUAGAAAGCCAAUGUGACAUGGCAGUAGCCAUGUAUUGUUGCUUAAUUCCUGCAGAGCACUGUGUACUGUUUGCAUCACUCCAGCUCUUUGCAAUGUCAAAUGUUUGCUUUUUUUAAGUUGCUCGUAAAAUUUGGUUCGGCAGGAUAUUGUACAUGUGUAUGAAUAAUUGCUCUUAAUCAAAUAUGAGCUUUGAUUUUUUGCUUGUGAUUGUGGCUGCCUUGUGUAUUUCAGCUUUGUACAAACUCAGUUGCCUUCAUUUUGAAGAUGGUUUCGCAGCACAAGUGUAGGGAGUUUUAUUAGAGAUUUUCGCAUGGAAAAAUAUCCCUUGUUCUCAAUAAAUCAUGUAACAGCUUUAUCAUCAUAACAAACUUUCUGUUUUGUACCUGUUAAUACCUCUGGUAACUGGGUGUGAUUGGGCUCACUUCAUAUUUUCCCUCCGCUAGUGGAGAGCAUUGCACACACGCGUUCAGCAAAGGGAAUCUGUGCUGCAAGACCAUCUCAGUUAAAGUGUGUUACAUGGAUACAAAUUACUGCUGAUUCAGUCUGCAUUCUCUCAUGCUGUUAGCUGUAAUAAGUUGGAUUUCAAAUUGUGUAAGUGGAGCUUUUUAGUAUUGUAAGAUCUAUGGAAAUAAAAAAAUGUGUUGCUGUUCUUGACA